AAAGAAAAGCAGGAUAGCAAGGCAGAGUGAGGAGAGAUGAACAGCAACAAGACAGACUGACUGACUCCUUUGGCUUCCAAAUUGAAAAGUGCAUUUUCCCUGGUAAUUGCUGUAUAUCUGAGUGUUUUGUCUAACAUGAAGGUGCUGGGGAUUUUUCUGUUGCUGGAAGUUUCAGGCUUCUUUCCCAUUUUUUCCAGCCCUUCUCCUCCAGUCCAUUGCCGCUGGAAUUCUUUUGGCCCUUGGUCUGAGUGCAAUGGCUGUACUCAAAAACAGAUUAGGAGACGGACAGUGGCAGUUUACGGCCAGUAUGGAGGAAACCCCUGCUCUGGGGAUACUUUUGAAACAAGACCAUGCACUCCCACAAGGGGAUGCCCAACAGAAGAUGGCUGUGGUGAUCGGUUCAGGUGUUUCUCAGGUCAGUGCAUUAGCAGAUCCCUAGUGUGCAAUGGUGAUCAGGACUGUGAGGAGGAUGGUGCAGAUGAAGAUCAAUGUGAAGAGAGGAAAACUGUAUGUGAUAUUGACAAAACACCUCUGAAUUCAGAACUUACAGGAGCAGGCUUUGAUAUUGUUACUGGUGAGACUAAGGGAAGAGUCAUUCAUACAAAAAGCUUUGGAGGGCAAUGCAGAAAGGUCUUUAGCGGUGAUAGAAGAGAAUACUACAGGCUGAGUGAAAGUGUUCUUGCUUAUAAUUUUCAGGUUAAAGUUCAGAAUGAUUUCAGUUAUGAGUUUUUCAACAGCACCUGGGCUUAUAUGAAACAUGUAGAACGGUAUGAAGGUUCAAACAGUUACAAACACACACAGAAUAAAAAUCUGCAAAAGAGUAAGCAGCUGAUGGUUGUUGAGAACAGUGUGGAAGUGGCUCAGUUUAUUAACAACCGCCCAGACUUCCUCGCUCUUGCGGAGCCUUUCUGGAAGGAACUGUUCAACCUUCCGGUCAUCUACGAGUACAGCGUCUACCGAAGACUUAUUGAACAUUUUGGGACACACUUCUUACACUCUGGGUCUCUGGGAGGACAUUACAAAGUUAUUUUUUAUAUGGAUACUGACAAAAUGAAAUCAGAAGGUGUCAGCAUAACAGACUUGUACAAGUGUACCUCAUCAGGCUGGAAUGCACUCAUUGUGAAAAAGAAGAAGAAGGAGUGCACCAAACUGGAUGAACUGCUACUGACUUCUUCAGGAAGCAGUGGCACUAAAAUUAAAGGAGACCCUUACAUAGAAGGAGGAAGCCCCGGUGCUGUUGCAGGCCUUAGUUAUCUAGACCUGGAUAAUCCUGCUGGAAACAGUCGGAUGUAUACCCUGUGGGCUGCGUCAGUCACAGACUAUCCCAGAGUAAUUAAGAAAAAGCUAACACCAUUAUAUCACCUGGUAAAGGAAGUGCCCUGCUCCUCAGUCAAAAAGCAUUACCUAAAACAAGCCAUUGAAGAAUAUAUUGCUGAAAAUGAUCCCUGCAAAUGUCAGCCUUGCCAGAAUGGUGGUGAGGCAGCCGUGGAAGGAACACAGUGUGUGUGUUACUGCAAGCCUUACACCUUUGGAGCAGCUUGUGAGCUGGGAGCUCUCGUGCAAGAUCAGCCAGGUGUUGUUGAUGGACAGUGGAGCUGCUGGUCUUCCUGGGGUCCUUGUUCAGGGGGAAGGAAAUCAAGGAGUCGAACCUGCAAUAACCCUUCCCCACGUGGUGGUGGGAAGGCCUGCCUGGGAGAGCAGCAUGAAAGCAAAGCAUGCGAAGAUGAAGAGUUGCAGCAUCUUCGUUUGAUUGAACCACACUGUUUUGAUUUAUCCAUAAACCCUACAGAAUUUUGUUCACCUCCUCCUCUCUUAGAAAAUGGAUUUGUUCAAAAUGCUGAAAACUCAUACCCUGUUGGGAAAAACAUUGUUUAUGCAUGCAAACAUGGAUAUUCUCUUGUUGGCAAUCCUGUCGCUAAGUGUCUCAGUAAUUUACAGUGGCAAGUUGGAGAGAGAUAUUGCCAGGAAACUGCUUGUCUCCUGCCUGACCUGGAGGGGGGGUUGCAAGGGGAGCCAUGGAAACCUGUGUAUGAGAUCGGUGAGAGAAUAACCCUGUCUUGUCCAAACGGCAUGCACUUGGAAGGGGCACACUCCAUUUUGUGUGAGCCCAGUCUCAAGUGGUCACCUGAUGUGAAGACUAUCCAGUGCAAGAGACCAGUGCCCAGUGUGAAAACAGAAGUGACAGACCCUAAAUGUCAGCCAUGGGAGAAAGCAUAUCAGUCACAAUGUGUGUGCAAAAUGCCCUAUGAUUGUGGUCCUUCCCUGGACACCUGUGCUACAGAUCAAAGAACCAAGAGAAACACACUUUUAACUGUUUGCAAGAUGCAUGCCUUGGAGUGCAUGGGCAGAAAAUACUCUCUGACUAAUGCAGAAAAUUGCAAAGUACCCCAGGCAGCUGAAAUACCAUGUGGAUCAUGCCGUUCAUGGGAAAAAUGCAAUGUGCCAUCCAACCUCUGUGUUUGUGAUGAAGAUGUGCUGUGUGAGGAGGGAGGUGCCCAGGUCUGUGCUGAAGUGAGCGGCUCUGCUGCCCAUCGGACCAUGACCGAGUGCGAGGUUGGGCUGCUCAGAUGCCGGGGGGAGACUGUCACCCUUGUCAGCAUAAGGCCCUGUGACAAUCAGAGUAAAUAAGAUAUGUUACACUUUAUUUUGCUUAUUGCUGGAGGAUAUGUCAAAAUAUGUCAGCUCUCGGUCGGGACAUACUUCGAACCUUGCUCUGCUGUGAAACCCAUCACAGCUGAUGAGACUGAGCAUUUGGUCAACUCUGAAUCAAGGCCUGAGGCUCUUUGAUAGACAGAGAUACACUUGCCAUGACUGCUCACAACAGAGCUCUUGCUUAGGCACCAACCUUAGCACUGGCAGAUUUACUUCAUAUUUACAUCAGAAUUAAAAAGUAUUGCUGAAGUGCAAUUGCCAAAGUAGCUAUUAUAAUAAUGGAUUACCAUGUCUGUCAUUGUCAGUAUGUUUUUCUUAAAGGCACACAAACAUAUGCUUGCACUGAGUAGAUUUAGAUUAGCAAAACGUACAGACUAAGAGGUACGAUUCUUCUCUUUUAAUAAAGCAGCUUCUACCAUACGCUACUUAGUUGAGAGUUGAACACUCUGCAUAGAACUGAAUGUGUUGUUGAGCCUGAUGCACCUAAAUGUGGAAACAAUGUGCAUUAAUAGUAAAGCUAUAUUAAAGUAAUGAGAAUACAUUGCAGCUUCUCAUACACAGAAUCACUUCAUUAAAAAUCACCAUUUUACAUUGUCAUUAUUACUAUUAUUAUAGUGAGCUACACUUGCAAGCACACCUAACUCAGUUACAUUUGUGACAUGCAUUUACGUUUGUGCCAAGACUGGUUUCCUUACAGACGAUUGCACAGAGAGGCAUUCUGCCAAAGCAAAUCUUUCUCAAAGGCAACUGUUAGAGAAAAUACAUCUUUACAGCAAUGAAGACAUUCUGCAUGCAGUCCCCUUGCAGAUACCACUGGAUAAUCUCCAAAGACUAUUUGUGAAUAAAAUAAGUCUCCUACAUUCUUUCCUUACAGAGCUAAGCAUUCUCUCUGUCAUGGCUGGACGGUGACAUCUUUGCUUACAUAUUGCAAGUCCAUUCAGGUACCCAUGCUGGCAGUCCAAUCCCUUCCAACUAUUCUUGGGUGCAACCAAGGAUGAAGGGCUGGAUAGAAGGGCUAGAUAGUAGAUGUUCAACCAAGUGCAGUACUAUCAGCAUGUAUAUGUAUGUAAGCUUUUACAGCAACAAAUUUUAUUUCUUACUAUCAGUACUAUAUUAAGAUUGAACAUCUCUCUUGUUUGUCAUGCUUCUACCAGUAGUUUCCUUGCAUAAAUCUUACCCUCAGCUGGAUAAAGCUUUGUUAUCUGUGAUGCUGGCAAUAAAGAAUUAGCCAGAACAGGAGUGGCUUUCCUUGGAGACUCUUGUGGGGUUAGCCACAAGGAGGGGAAGGUUGCCACACACUAACUGAAAGGACCUCCUGAUCUGUAUAACCUUUAUGCUGUCUGGAAAAUAAUAUCAGGUUGGUGGGUGUUGGUUAUUUUUUCUUCUUUAACAAAUAAUACAUUUUUGUGAACAGCAUACAGAUGAAAAUAAGUAGAAUAAAAUCCAAAUAAAUUUA